UCUAAGCUCUUUCCUAACUAUGCACUUAUCAUAUUCAUCUCUUGUUACUUACACGUCACCGUUGUUAUCAUCUUCAACAUCAUUGAUCACUCAUAAACAUUAUCAUAUACUAUUAUAACCAACACUAUUAUCAAACAAAUAAACAAAAACAAAAACAACUACCUUAUCACAACAAUCACGUGUUGUUCUUUUCGCCAUAUAGUGCUGUCUGUCUGUGUUUUUAUAUAAUUAUUCAUGAUAUGAUAUGAUAUAUGAUAUGAUCAGUUAAUAUAUACCAGAAAAAUCUUUGAGUAUUGACGUUGAUUUCAGAGAGGUUGUAGAAGAAUGUUUGGGAACGGUGUUGUUGGGAUAUUAUCAGAAACUGUUAAUAAAUGGGAGAGAAGAACACCUUUGACUCCUUCACACUGUGCUCGAUUACUUCAUCGUGGUGUUUCCAGGAUUAUUGUUCAGCCUUCUACUAAGAGGAUUCAUCAUGAUGUUCUUUAUGAAGAAGUUGGUUGUGAAAUUUCAAAUGAUUUGUCACCUUGUGGCCUCAUUCUUGGCAUCAAACAACCAACGUUGGAGAUGAUAUUGCCUGAUAGAGCUUAUGCUUUCUUUUCACAUACUCAUAAAGCACAGAAAGAAAAUAUGCCUUUGUUGGAUAAGAUUCUUGCUGAGAGAGCAUCAUUGUAUGACUAUGAAUUGAUUGUUGGGGAAAAUGGGAAGAGGCUACUUGCAUUUGGAAAUUUUGCUGGUAGAGCUGGAAUGAUUGAUUUCUUGCGCGGAUUAGGACAGCGAUAUUUGAGUCUUGGAUAUUCAACACCUUUUCUGUCACUUGGAUCAUCAUACAUGUAUCCAUCCUUGGCUGCUGCGAAGGCGGCAGUUAUUUCUGUUGGUGAAGAAAUAGCAAAUCGGGGAUUGCCAUUGGGGAUUUGUCCUCUUGUUUUUGUCUUUACUGGUUCGGGAAAUGUUUGCUCUGGAGCACAGGAGAUAUUUAAGCUUCUUCCUCAUACUUUUGUGGAUCCAUCUAGACUAAGCGAACUACAUAAGAUGGAGACAAAUAAAGCAAGGCAUGGAUCAAAAAGAAUUUUCCAAGUUUAUGGCUGUGUUGUGACUGCUCAAGACAUGGUUGAACCGGAAGAUCCCAUGAAAGUGUUCGACAAAGUAGACUACUAUGCGCACCCUGAACAUUAUAAUCCGAUUUUCCAUGAAAAAAUAGCACCAUACGCAUCGGUUAUUGUGAAUUGCAUGUAUUGGGAGAAAAGGUUUCCACCAUUGUUGAGCACUACGCAGAUUCAAGACUUGAUGAGAAAGGAAUGUCCACUUGUUGGAAUAGCUGACAUAACAUGUGAUAUAGGCGGUUCACUUGAGUUUGUUAACCGCAGUACAUCAAUCGAUUCACCUUUCUUCAGAUAUGAUGCAGUAACGGAUUCCUACCACGAGGACAUGGACGGGAAUGGAGUGAUAUGUUUAGCUGUUGACAUUCUUCCAACAGAAUUCGCAAAAGAGGCUUCACAAUAUUUUGGAAACGUGCUGUCGCAAUUCGUCACAAAUUUGGCUUCUGCCACAGACAUUACAAACUUGCCUGCUCACUUAAAAAGAGCUUGCAUAGUCAAUGGAGGUGUCCUAACCUCCUUAUAUGAUUAUAUACCUCGUAUGCGGAAGUCCGAUUCUGAGGAUGUAUCAGAAAACUCAGCAAAUUCUUUAUCUAACAAGAGCAGAUACAACACUUCGGUAUCUCUGAGCGGUCACUUAUUUGAUCAGUUUCUGAUAAACGAGGCCCUUGAUAUUAUUGAAACGGCAGGAGGCUCCUUCCACUUGGUUAACUGUCAUGUGGGCCAGAGUGUUGAUGCUAUAUCAUACUCGGAACUCGAAGUUGGUGCGGAUGAUAAGGCUGUUCUGGAUCAAAUCAUUGAUUCUUUAACCACUCUUGCUAAUCCAACUAAAAACAACAGAUUUUCGAAUAAAAUUUCACUUAAGCUUGGUAAAGUUCAAGAGAACGGCGGCAUGAAGGAAUCUGAGCCGAAAAAGAAGGCUGCAGUUUUGAUUCUUGGCGCUGGUCGAGUCUGUCAGCCAGCGGCCGAAAUGUUAUCGUCAUUUGGAUCCAGCCAGUGGUAUAAAACAUUGCUGGAAGAUGAUUUUGAUGAUCAAAUUGAUGUUGAUGUCACCGUAGGAUCUUUGUACCUGAAGGACGCGGAGCAGACUGUUGAAGGAAUUCCAAAUGUAGCAGGAAUUCAGCUUGAUGUGAUGGAUAGUGCCAGUCUUUUUAAGCAUGUUUCACAGGUGGACGUUGUUAUAAGUUUGUUGCCCCCUAGUUGUCACGUUAUCGUAGCAAAUGCUUGCAUUGAGUUGAAAAAACAUCUGGUCACUGCAAGCUAUGUUGAUAGCUCCAUGUCAAUGCUAGAUGAUAAAGCAAAAGUUGCUGGUAUAACAAUUCUUGGCGAGAUGGGCUUGGACCCAGGGAUUGAUCACAUGAUGGCAAUGAAGAUGAUCGACGAGGCACAUAUGCAGAAAGGGAAAAUAAAGUCUUUCACUUCUUACUGUGGUGGACUUCCAUCUCCUGAAGCUGCUAACAAUCCAUUGGCAUAUAAAUUCAGCUGGAAUCCUGUAGGGGCCAUCCGAGCUGGGCGCAAUCCUGCCACAUACAAAGACCACGGUGAAACAGUUCAUAUUGAUGGGGACAAUCUUUAUGAUUCUGCUACAAAACUAAGGAUACCGGACUUUCCUGCUUUUGCUUUGGAAUGUCUUCCUAACCGCAACUCUUUACUUUAUGGAGAUUUAUAUGGAAUAGGAUCUGAAGCAUCAACUAUCUUUCGUGGAACCCUCCGUUAUGAAGGGUUUGGUGAAAUCAUGGGGACACUUUCUAGGAUUGGCUUAUUCAACAACGAAGCUCAUCCAAUUCUAAAGAAUGAGGAGAGACCAACCUUUAGAAAAUUCACGUUCGACCUACUGAAAAUGAAAAUCGAUCAUGAAGAUCUAAACGGAGCGGUAAUAGGAGAAGAGGACAUCACAAAAAGAAUAUUAACAUUAGGACACAGCAACGAUCAAAGAUCUGCAAUGAUGACAGCAAAAACAAUCAUAUUUUUAGGACUUUUUGAUCAAACAGAAAUCCCUACUUCCUGCCAAAGUGCUUUUGAUGUUGCAUGUUUCCGCAUGGAGGAGAGACUAUCCUACUCCGGCACAGAAAAGGAUAUGGUGCUUUUGCACCAUGAAGUGGAGAUAGAAUUCCCAGACAAACAAGUUACAGAGAAGCAUAGAGCUACUUUGCUUGAAUUUGGGAAGACUUAUGAUGGAAAAACCACUACUGCCAUGGCCCUUACUGUUGGUAUUCCAGCUGCUGUUGGAGCUCUGCUCUUACUGACAAAUAAAAUUCAGACAAGAGGUGUCUUAAGGCCUAUUAUACCAGAAGUAUACACUCCAGCUUUGGAUAUUAUACAAGCUUAUGGCAUCAAGUUGAUAGAGAAGAAUGAGUAAUUUGUAUGGUGUUUGAUGUGUAGAUCAUGUAAAUAAUUUCGGCUAUAAUAAUUGCUGUAUAUUUAUUGAAUCAGAACUACCAUUAUAUAUCAGCAAUGCAAUAAGAGAAUUCUAUAUCA